AUGGACUGUAUCAUUAGUGUUCGUGACUUUUCAACCCGCCUUGUUGUAAUAUAUAGACCUCCUCCAUCCAAAACGAAUGGCCUAAGUACUUCAAAAUUCUUGAACAAUGAGUUUCCUGAUUUUCUGUCGAAAUAUGCUGAAACUGACAAAACCACAGUGUUUCUAGGAGAUACAAACUUUCACAUUGAUAAACUUGAUAAUCGUGAUGCGCAGAAUUUCUUAUCCAUCCUGAACACAUUUGGAUUAAAACAAUUAGUCAAUGAACCGACACAUGUAGCUGGACACAUUUUAGAUGUAGUCAUAACAAGAGAAAAUGAAAAUGUAGUAUCUGAUAUUAAAAUAACUGAUCCUGGAUUUAAAACUUCAAACGGAAAAGUAACACGUGACCAUUUUGCUAUCCUAAUGAAAGUUAAUGUUUCGAAACCACCACCUAUUCGUAAAACAGUCACAUACAGAAAAUCACGUGAUAUAAACAUUGAAGAUUUCAAAGCAGAUAUUAGAUCAUCUGAACUUUUUGGUCCUAAACCAGACAGCAUGGCAGAAGCAUCAGAGAAAUAUCACACUGUCCUUUCAUCUUUGUUAGACAAACAUGCACCUGAGAAAACAAAAACAAUUGUUCUCAGACCCCAAUGCCCGUGGUUCAAUCAAGAAAUACAUGACGAGAAACACAUUAAACGUAAACUUGAAAGAAAAUGGCAGGAAUCAAAAUUAACUGUAGAUCAUGAAAUAUACAGAAUAACAAAUCAUCUCCUCGGAAACAAACCUGAAGUUAAGCUCCCAUCACACACUUCUCCUAAAGAACUAGCUCAAGAUUUUAGUGAUUUCUUUGAAAACAAAAUUGAAAAGAUCAGAUCUGACAUAGCAUCUAAAAAUGAAUGUAAUAUAACAAAUGAAUCUAAUUCAACUCAAAUACAAAAGCCUAAAGAAACAUUCAGUGAAUUUGAAGUUAUUACAGAAGAGCAAGUUCUUAAGCUCAUAUCAAAGUCAUCUACUAAAUCAUGUGAACUAGAUCCGAUACCGACUUGGCUCCUAAAAGAAUGCAAACUUGAAGUAUCACCAUAUCUAACGCACAUGUUCAACUUAUCAUUUUACACCGCCGACGUACCUCCACGCAAUAAGACUUCGAUAAUCAGACCACUAUUAAAGAAAGACAGUUUGGAUCAAGAAAUUAUGAAAAACUUUAGACCAGUUGCUAAUGAAACAUAUGACUCAAAACUUCUAGAAUCUGCGGCUGACUGUCAGUUUGAUAUAUUUCUCAACACUAACAAUCUACAUGAACCAAAUCAAUCUGCAUACAGGAAAUUUCAUUCCACAGAAACUGCACUUAUCAAAGUGCAAAAUGACAUUCUCCAAUCUCUUGACAAAGGCGAAGUUACAAUAUUAGUAAUGCUCGAUUUAUCUGCUGCCUUUGACACGAUUGACCACAACACUCUUCUUAAUCGACUCGAAUGUGACUUUGGUUUUACUGGAAAAGUGCUCGCUUGGUGUAGAUCUUAUCUCAGUGGUCGCUAUCAGACUGUUUGUAUUGAUGGAGAACUAUCUGACCCUGUGCAUAUGACAUACAGUGUCCCUCAGGGCUCUUCUCCACCAAUGACUUUCAAAACAUGUGAAGCGGACGAAAGAUUUGAUAAAAGUAUGUUUAAAGAGUACACUAAAAGAGGAACCUAUGUCGAUUUUAUGGUGUGGCCAGUAUUGUUAUUAGAAAAAGAUGGUCAAGUAGUUGCAAAAGGCAUAGCACAGGGAAAAGAAAACUAA